GCAUGUUUUGACCACGAAAAUAUGUUAACUCCUCGUUAGCUAUUUUUGCCAGACUGCUCUCAAUUUUCUAUUAUAUUUUAACGACGCAAUUCUCGCAACACUAGAGUGAAAACUGCCUACGCAAUGACGCUGUAGUUCACACCAGGCUGGCCCAGACCCAACCAUGUCUCCACAAGAGAUCAUUUUUAUACCUGAACUCUGGUGACCACCUACCACCCCUCAGGGUAGCAGCAAAGACUCUGCAUGGUCAUCUGGAUGGCCCAUUACGUUAAUACGACACGGACGGAGGUCUUGUAGUAUAUAUUUCAAAGUGAAGACAUAUGUAGCAUUUUGGAUGUUUAUGAGCAAGCCAUGUUUGAAUAUUUCAAAAUCCUGACAUAGUAUUAGGAAAAAAUGUCAAAACGGAAGGCAGCGCCCAGUCCACCUCAGGACAUCUUGGAUUUUUUCAGCACCGAAAUUCCCACUCACCCCAUUCACAGGAAAUUGUCAGAAAAGACUUCCCCGCUGAGCAAGUACAUAGAGAGUGAGCAUCAGCAAGCGGGCCUCUUUUCCCUGUCUCCCUCCGACUCACAACUGGAUAUCGCUGUUGACUACCAAAAGAAGAGGAGGAAGAAAUGCGGCACCUGCGCUCCAUGCCUUCUCAAGCAGAACUGUGGUGCAUGUGUAAACUGCUUGAAUCGCAAGACGGGCAAGCAGAUCUGCAAGCUACGCAAAUGUGAAGAGCUGAAGAGGAAACGCUAUGACCGUGAGACUGUUCACGAAGUCAUUUCAUUGGAUGGCCCCAGAGGUGGAGGCCAGAUGGAAAUUGGGUCACAUGACCGCCUCCAGGAAGGCGUGCUGAGCCUUGAACUGUCCAAUGGGGUGAAUUGUUACCCCAAUGAUGUUGAGGCAUCUGCAGAAACAGAGCAAAAGAGGGCAGCGGGUGUACCACAAAGGCAGUGCUGGGUGCCAACACAUGGCAAAGAUCAACAGCAACCAUCAGUGAAACAUAACAGCAGUUAUGCAAACCCAAGUGAACCUGUCCACCGUGUGGAUAUGGAAGAUGCUCACAAUCUGGUCACUUUUUCUGCCAUUGCCGGCGCCUUACCUCCUUCUUCCACCUCAUCCUGUAUUCAAGUGCAUCCUGACACAACGCACUUGUAUGAGAAAUUCACCCAGGAAAUGGGUACUGGUGGGGCUCGGGUCGGACACUCCGCAGGGGCUGCUGACACAAGCCACCCACCUGCAGAAGACAUGAAAACCCUGCAGACAGCACUGAGCCAUGCAAAACAUGGUCACAAGCCUCCUAACUGUGACUGUGAAGGACCCGAUUGUCCUGACUACCUUGAGUGGCUGGAGAAGAAGAUAAAGUUGGCAACCGGUGAGACCCAAAACACCAGCAAGAGAAUUGAUUCCUCACAGGCCAACAUUCAGCAAUCCCAUCUGCAGAAUCAGUCCUACCUCCAGACUAAUGGUGGGCACCACCGUCCAACUUCUUCAGACCUCCAGCAACAUCAACGAACAAAAGGUCACCAUGCAGGCCAUGUACCCUGCUCGAAACUUCCUCCUAUUCCCUGCUCUCCACAGGUGCUCUCUAUAGCCAAGGAAAGAAACGUCAGUCUUCAAACAGCUAUUGCCAUUGAAGCCCUUACACAGUUAUCAGGGACUGGGAUUCUUGGUGCUAGUGCUCCAGAUCAAGCCCUCCCUAAUAAUAACCUCCAUCAUCACCAACAUGCCCAAGACCUCUCAUCUCCACCUCCGAAUUGCACUAACUUGAAUCCAUCCUCUGCAGUCAUCUGUCCAUCAUCACGCUCUCAGUCCGUCCCUCCAGGAUUAAAUAAUGAACAGGAGGCAGUGUCCUGUGAUACCCACAGGCCCCAUUCACAGGGCCAGCCCCCCCAUGCUUCUACCUCUCCCUUUCCAGGCCAGAGCAACCCUCAGAGUUUUGGUCGCAGUCCUCAGCAGUGGCAGCAGGUCACACACGGUGGUUCUGUAGAGCGGCUGUCCCGCUAUGCGAGUGUACCUCACACUAGGUCAGACCCAAUGUCAGAACUCAAACAGCUUUUGGGUGACACCAGUGGGAAGGUAGGAAAUACAUCUUUUAAGCUUCCAUCUACACAGAAACUCAGUGAGAAUGGAGGUAUGCAGGCACAGCCAUCUUUACCCAAGAUAAAGCAAGAGCCGGAUUUUGGUGAUUAUUCUGCCUCCAUAGGACAUUACAACAUUGAUCAUGGUCAGUUGCAGCCUCACAACUACCCCAGUUCUCCCAUGUCUCCUGGUCAACCAUCCAUUAGACACUCAACUCAGGCAGCUCUGCAACAGCAUCUUCACUACAAAAGGAACCUCUUCUCUAAUCAUUCCCCUGGCAUUGGCGCACCGGGUCCUGUGGCUUAUCAUAACGCAAAAAAAUGGUGGCCACAGAUGGAAGCUAAUGGUUUCAAUCAUCUGAACAUAAAACAAGAGCCCAAGGAACCCAAAAGGAGAAAAAUCAGCCAAGGAUCACCUGUCAUCAAAGCUAUGAGUGGGAUGCUCCCAGGCCCUCCACUUCCUAAACCCAAACAGAUUAUAAUCAAGAAGACCAAGCAAAAAGCCUCUGUGCCAACUUUCCUGCCUAAGAGUCAGAUAACUGUGGAAAAAACAUCACCCCUUAUGAUGGGCCGAACCAACACCCUGAAUAACCUACAACAAGGUUCACUGCCCCUUAUGCCCUCCCUCAGUAACUCUACUCAGGCAGCUGCUGCGGGCCCCACCGCCCCAGCUCAAUCUCAGGUAUCAAAUCCCAACCUCUCAAUGGCUCCUUCUAUCACUAAUUCUACUUUGUCAGCGAACAAUCCCACCCUCAUGGGCUCUGUGCCCCCAUCAAUUGCCCAUGCAACUCAUGCUAAAUCACAGGAAGCGGUCAGCUUAGCCCAUAGCAAUGCUAACACCGCCUCAUCCUUGACCUCCGCAUCCACACCAAACACCUCACAAUUACCAGGGCUCAUAAAUAUCGACCCUAAGUAUGAAGAACUGAUUCUGCAGUUUGAGGCAGAAUUUGGGGACUCAUCUGCCGAAACACCUCCCAUCGAAGCUAUGCCCAGAACAGCUACAGCUUUGCAGACCAGCGCCCAAGAUCUUACAACACCUACCACACAAUAUCAAUCAUCCUCCACUCUUGAAUCCAGCUCCACACCUCAUCUGAACGAAAAGGAUCUCAACAGAGAUGAGUCAGAAGCCCAAAGUGAUCUUACCUCGAACCAACCAUCCACAGUAACCCCAGAGCAAGAGCAAUGGGAGCUCCAGUCCACGAUCCCCCACUCCGAGGAGACCCCACUCCAUAAGCAUCAACAAGAUAGUCAGAUGGAGGAAACGUUCAGCAUACCAUGUUCCCCAAUGCCUAAACGGAUGAAAAUUGAAGCUGCGGGUGAUUUAGCCAUUCUUUCCACCACUUGCUACUCUGAGGAGGACACGCCCACAAAGGAUGGACCGCCACUCUCUCCAUCUUUAAAAGGGUUUUUAGAGUCCCCCUUAAAUUAUUUAGACACGCCUACCAGGAGCUUGUUGGAUACACCUUCUAAAGAUCCACAGUCAGAAUUCCCCACCUGCGCCUGUGUGGACUCCAUCCCGAAAGUCGAGGUCAAGCCAUCCACUGACAAACAUGUCCAGGAAAAAGAUGAAGGGCCCUACUACAAUCACUUAGGAUCUGGACCCACUGUGGCUUCCAUAAGAAACCUGAUGGAGACACGGUAUGGGGAAAAAGGAGAGGCCAUUAGAGUAGAGAAAGUGGUGUACACCGGCAGAGAGGGAAAAAGCUCAAGAGGAUGCCCAAUUGCCAAAUGGGUGAUUCGACGGGGGAGUGAGAAAGAAAAGCUGUUGUGUCUGGUGCGUCAUCGGGCAGGCCACCAUUGUGACAACGCGGUCAUCAUCAUCCUCAUCAUGGCAUGGGAAGGGGUCCCAAGAUCUAUGGCUGAUACACUAUACCGCGAAAUCAGCGACACCCUCACCAAAUUUGGCAACCCCACCAGUAGGCGUUGUGGCCUCAAUGAUGAUCGUACAUGUGCAUGUCAAGGCAAGGACCCUGACACUUGUGGUGCUUCCUUUUCCUUUGGCUGUUCUUGGAGCAUGUAUUUUAAUGGUUGUAAAUAUGCCCGAAGCAAAACACCGCGUAAAUUCCGGCUACAAGGAGAGCGCCCUGAAGAGGAGGGAAAACUCAGGGAUCAAUUUCAGAAUCUGGCCACUGAGGUGGCUCCACUGUACAAGAGGCUGGCCCCUCAGGCCUACAGUAACCAGUGUCAGUCAGAGAGUAAAGCUUCAGAAUGCAGGUUGGGUUUGAAAGCGGGUAGACCAUUCGCAGGAGUAACCGCUUGCCUGGACUUCUGUGCCCACGCUCAUAAAGAUCAGCACAACCUUCACAAUGGUUGCACAGUGGUGUGCACUUUGACCAAGGAGGACAACCGCAUGGUGGGAGAGCUGCCUUCAGAUGAACAACUCCAUGUGUUGCCUCUUUACAAACUUUCCACCACUGAUGAAUUUGGCAGCGAGGAGGGCCAGCGCCUAAAAAUGAAGACGGGAGCCAUUCAGGUGCUUCAGGCUUUCCGCCGAGAAGUACGCAAGUUGCCCGAACCAGCCAAAUCGUGUCGACAGCGCCGUCUGGAUGCCAAGAAAGCUGCAUCAGAGAAGAAGAAGAGUAAACUCCAGCAGCAGGUGACAGGAACACCAGAGAAGACAGUGGUCAAAGCUGAAGUAUUCAGUGAGUCCCCUCAGCACCCUGGCAAUAAAGCAAUUAUAAAACAAGAGGUAAAGCCCAACAUUAAAAAGGAGCCUUUCAAUGGAUCAAUGGAUGGAUACUCUUUGCAAGCAGCAGAUGCAAUCAAGACCAUGUACCCACAUCCUGCCUACUAUGCAAGGGGAGGCCUCCCCACAACUGGCCAGCCCUCUGCAGGAGACCCAGUCAAUGGCUACAACCACAAUCUGCCAGCAUCGCACCAUGGCUUCUACAACCACUCCUCCAAUGCACUUUUCACACCUAAGAUGAGGACCUACGAGGGUCGCAAUGGCUCCUUGUCCAAAGCAGGAAGAAUGGCUUUGCAGGUUGACAAAAAGCCAGAUAUUCAGAGCCUUCAGGCUAGGCUAGCUCAUGCCUAUCCUGGUCAUCCAGAGCAACACAACCAAAAUCUUCCCCAGUCUUCAAACUAUAACCAGUCACGUCCUUCUUCUGUCUCCUCCGAGUCCUCCAAUAGAGGCACUCCAGUUAUUAAACAGGAGCCAAUGGAUAUGCCAGUCUGUGAGGAGACAGGCCCGAGUCAAACAGGCUCCAACACACCAAGUCCCAGCCCCCAACCUUCUACCUGGCCAGGAAAUAGGUUCAAUGGAAAUGUUGUUCCCACAAACUGGGAUAAUCAAAAUCCAAAACAACACCCUGAAGACUUUUCUAAUGCAGAAAAGCAAACAUUCCACCAGCAGCAAACCUCACCGUACCCCCAACCAUGGACAUCCUUCCCCAGCUCUAACACCCUGAGGGCGUCCACUGCUGCCUCACCUGUCCCCCGAGUACCGCCCUCCUCCUCUCCCCACUUAGGUGUCCUAGGAAAUAUACACCAUGGAUCUCCACGUCCAUCCACCCCACGCACAAGCACUCAGUCAGGUAUCACUCACCCAUUCUCACUUCCACACCCGGGCACUUCUCAAUCACCGUUACACUUACCACAGUCUGCCACUCCCAGGCAGUGGGCCAGCCCUGCCCAAAGUCCAGAGCCGAACUCUUGGGCUAUGGGGCAUGGCGCAUAUAGCCCUGGUUUGAAGCACAGCAAUCUUGCCGGCGCCUACCCAGAUAAGAUGUGGUCCAAAACCGGUGAAAGUCGCUGUUCCACUCCCCUUGGGGUUCAAGAGAAAGCCUGGAAAUCUUACGGAGGCUCAGUCGCAGGCAGUACGCCGUCCCCCACCCCUGAAGGACGCCUCUUCCCCGACGCCCUGCAACAGUCGGAUCAAGCUCGCUGGGACACCGGUCGAGUUAAUAGCGAUACCGAGAACACCAAGGGCCGUGACGAAGAUGACGAGGUGUGGUCCGACAGUGAGCACAAUUUCCUGGACCCCAACAUCGGGGGAGUAGCCGUAGCACCGGCCCACGGGUCCAUCCUAAUCGAAUGCGCUCGUCGGGAACUCCAUGCUACCACGCCGCUGAAAAAGCCUGAUCGCUCCCAUCCGUCUCGCAUCUCCUUGGUCUUCUAUCAGCACAAAAAUCUGCAGCAGCCCAUGCACGGAUUAGCUUUGUGGGAGGCCAAAAUGAAGAUUCUGGCAGAACGGGCGAUCCAGAUGCAGCAGGAAGCAGCUCUGCUGGGUCUCUCCCAGGAGGAAAUCAAGGCGCUUAGUAAGAAACGCAAAUGGGGGUCCAUGGCGGCAGGAGCCAGGUCAGGUGCCGGACAAUCGAAAGACAAGAGGGAGGGGCCUGUGACACGGUUAGCUCCCACUUUCCACACCACCUCAAUGGUUAAUGUGUCUCCCUAUGCCUUCACGCAACUCACUGGGCCAUAUAGCCACUUUGUGUGACGUCAGCCAACUGACCAACUGCUAGCCAGGUGAGCCAGAUAGAGUGAUGGGCAGAAAGAAUGUCUCUCGCAUGUCACACAGUCUGCCAUCUCUCCAUCCUUCCCCACUGAAGCCCAUAUUCAAAAAUGGGGACACUUUUAUUGUUGUUUUUUUUUACCUCAUGUCAGGCAGUGUUUGGGCUUUCGACACACUGCCUGUGGUGCUCUUCCUCUCUUACCUGGAGAGGAAAUCCAUUGCUUUUUCUUGUUUAUAGAAUUUUAAUGAUUCUAAAUAUUGCUAUUAUCAAUAUUACUAAGAUUGCAAUUGUUACUGUUAAUGUUGUUAUUACAGGUAUUAUAAUGAAGAAUUGUUUGUUUUUUAUCACGGUUGGUUUCAAUGUUAUUAUUAAUGUGUGAUUGCAUUUUGGACUUUUUUGAGGUUGUUUUUCAAUGUUUGGAAAACCUUUUUUUUAUUAUUUCCUUUGUCAAUCUUCCAGCUGUAUAAAAGGAGGAGCCAUUAUCUGUCUGACAAGAGAUCGGUCUCGAGUACACGUCAGCGGAGUAACUCAAAUUAUUUUAAUGUUCCGGAGUGGCAUUUUCCAUUUCCCAAUCGCGCAGUUGGCCACUAAAAUCAUUCGGUUGGGUAUAUGUUCACAUUGUUAACUAAUUUUUACGUCCUGUGGUACAUACUUGACAAAAUAUUUUAAUAGUUUGGAAUCAUAAAAAAUGUUUUCUUUCUCUACUGGUGCUUAUAUUUACUCUAACAUCCCAGGAAACAUGUCUGACAGGUUAAGAAAGUGAAUUAAAGUAGUCUUGUCCUUCUAAUUAUAACAAUCGUUGUCGCCAAGUUAACUAAUUCGCUGCCGUUGACGGCACUAGAAGCGAAUGAUGAGCUUUCACAGCUAUUCGUUACAGUUUAUACGCAUCUAUCGGUGUCAACGGCAGGCCAAUGAGUUCAGCAAGAUAGUAACGCGUACAAAAUAAGAGUUCUUUUACACUUAAGGAUAUGCUUCUCUUGUCAAUUCCAUAAUGUGCUCCUCCUCCUGUUCUACACCCCAGCAGUUAUUGACUGGUGCUCAACUUUCAGCUCUGAUGGAUUUUCAUUCCACUUCUCUCCAUGGCACUUGAUGCUGUACUUCGGUGCUCUAGCGAAAAUCAAGAUCGUGCGGUAUUUGAAAGAAAAUACUUUAACUCAGCUACUACACCACAGCAAGUGUGCUUUUUUUUGUGCUUACCUUGUUUGCGAUUUCAACCAGAUCCCAUGGUUCGAGUUUAUUUCCUCACUAAGGAGUUAACAGUUUGAGGUUUAAACUCUAGAGGGCAGACUUGACUGCCUUUUCAAAGUGGCAAGUACAGACAGCAGAUACAAGCUAGUUCGUACAUUUAAGUUCCAUUCAGAAGCCUGUACUGUAUAGCCUUGACCUGCUGCAUUAACCCGCCAAGGCUUUUAUUAUCCUACUGAAGCUGAAAACCUGGGUUAGAACAUACGUGAUAGGAGUACAUUAGACGAUCCGUUCAUACACUCUGGUGCUCUCCUUCUACACUUGAUUUACUGUGAAGGCCCAUCCUCUCUUCUGCAUGGUGCUGUCAUCUUCAAGCAGAGUUUGUCGGGUCCUUCCGCAGGCACCUCGUAAACAUUGUUUUACAUUAGUGAUGGAACAAGUUUAAGAUAACGCGGCAUGGCUUCUGGGAUUCGCUACUUAAUCCCACCAGUCAAACAAUCUCUCACUUUGCAUGUGUGUUUGUGUAAAAGAGCCAAAGAGUGAGACACUUGGAUGGCGUCUCUUGAAUCGCUUAUAUUGAUUUCUUCUCCACCAAUCUUGCAUUUAAAAGUGGUUUUGGGUGAAAGUAAGACAAGAGCAAAACAUUUUGCAUGCAGGCUGACUCCAGGUUGAUAAACUGUGCUUGGGGUCAUGAAACUUAACCCUUUAUAGGGCAAAUUAUUAUUUUUGGUCACUAAAAAAGACUUUACCCUAUACAGACCUGGCAUCCACAUAGGUCAGGGGUCGGCAACCUUUAACACUCAAAGAGUAAUUUUGAUCCAGUUUCCACGGAAAAGAAAUCACUGGAGCACCACAUACAUAUACUGUAGACAUUUUAAAUGAUUGCAUCAGCACAAUUUUAUAUAUACAUACUGUAUACAUAUGUAUUCAUUCAUUUGAGUAGGCUUUGUGCCUGUGAAUAGCGCAAAAACUUGUGGGUACAGCUGAGUGGUAACCAUGACUUUACAUAGUUGUUGAAUUAAUGAGCUGAACGAGUGAACUAAAUAAGGUCGUGAUUUCUAUUUGGAAAGUGUACCUACAAGUAUUUGCUCCUGGUGCAACGACUUGGGGGUACACCUCCUGGUGGGCAACCAUAACUUUAUAUAGUAGGUGAAUUCAUACAGUGCCCUCCAUAAUUAUUGACACCCCUGAAAAGGAUGUGUUUUUUAGCUUCUAAUAUUUUUUUUUUUAAUUCAAAUAAUA